UUCCCGCCGAAUUGAUGUUGUUGUUUUAAACUUGACAGGACGGCACCGAAGUUCGAGUUAGUCGUAUUUUGUGUUUUAGGCCUCAGAGUGAGUCUAUUCUUGCAUGUUAUUGACACCCACCAGUGAUAUAUAAUAAUGACCGACGUUCACAACAACGGCUUGAAGGAAUUGUCCCCAGAUCGUGGGAAAUGCAGCCAAAAAUUGGAUCCCAAAACCUCGAAACUGGAUGCGCGUGCAAAACUGAAAGAGAGUUUGAAAGAAUUAGAAGAAUCUGUGCAGAAAACAAAGGAAGCCUUUGGUUCUUUCCAGACAAAAUGUUUCUUUUACCCUGAGCCAGAGUUCAACAAGGCAUUCAAGGAAUCUCUGCAACAGGUGCAAAGUGUUGUAACUAACAUGGGAAACACUUUGAGCAACUUGUUCAGAUCUGAUAAACUGCGUGCAGGUGAUAAGGAGGAAAAAAGAAAAUCUUUACCCAAGGAAGAACAAUUAUCUGGAGCAGAUGACAAGGAAGAACAAGAAAGGAAAUCAGUGAUUAAGGAUGACCAAGUGGACACCUCAUUCAGCAUUGCUACAGAUCAGUCAGAUAUUUUAGCAAAACCCAACCUCAAUAUUACACCACCUGCUUCAGAUGCUGGUAAUGAUGAUGAGUUAAUCACAGUUACCCAGCUGCCAGAAAAAGCUUUCAGUAAAAAGCGUAAUGUAGAAUUGCCCCCUGAAGUUGUAGUUAAGAAGCCUAGGAGAAGCUUAAUUGAAGAUUACUUAAUCAGAGAAAAUGAAUUGAAGGGAGACACUUCUACAGCCACAAAAGAAACAAAGGCUGAUAGUUCAUCAAGCGAAGAAAUUCUGUAUGAGGUGGAAAACAUUAUCAGUUACAAAAAAAGUGGGACAAAUUUUCUCUACAAGGUCUCAUGGAAGGGGUAUGGUUUGGAAGAAUGCACAUGGGAGCCAUCAGAACACUUGGAAAACUGCUCUGAAGUCCUAAUUGAAUUCUACAAGAGGUUGAUAACUGAACGCGAGAAAGUUCCAAUUAGUGCAGAAACAUUUAGUGAACCAUUUCCUGUAGACAAGGAUUUGCAGGGUUAUCUAUAUGAAGCAUUUUUAAUUCAUAUGAAUAACCUUUCUGAAGGCGACAUAAAUUUCUCAACCCAACAGUCUUUAUUGGCGAAGACGCCAAUGACUAAACAAGAGAUGUUUGAAACAGUAGAUAAAGCUCUCCAUGCAAGAAAAGUGAAACGGUAUCAUAUGUUGAAAGCUAUGAUAAAAGAUCAAGUUAUUUUGCAAACUGUUCAGAAGGAACGCUCAAAGCAGCUAGCACAGCUUCGAAGUUGGGAAAGAAGCAUAAAUUCUGUUUGCUCUGAUCCAGCAAAAAUUCAGGUGGAAAAUAAUGUGGAUCUUGAACUUCCACCCUUUGAUUUUGUAUAUAUAAAUGAACUUAAGGAAGGACAGGGAGUCACUGUGCCUAAUGACCCAUUGUGUGGGUGUGAGUGUACAGAUUGCUACAGUAGCCAGAGUUCAUGCUGUGCUUCUCAGAGUAAUUCAUGGUUUGCGUACAGCAAGUAUGGAAGACUAAAGGUCUCUCUAGGUACACCUGUAUAUGAGUGCAAUAAAAGAUGUCCUUGUCCACCUACAUGCCCAAACAGGGUAGUGCAGAAGGGAAGAACUUUCAGCCUAAGUAUAUUCCGUACUGAUAAUGGUAGAGGAUGGGGUGUCAAAACUCUAGAACCAAUUAGAAAGGACUCCUUCGUUGUGGAGUAUGUUGGUGAAGUUAUUACAUCUGAGGAAGCAGAACACAGGGGCCAGCUAUAUGACAAGAAAGGCUGCACGUACCUUUUUGACUUGGAUUUUAACAAAGGUGACCAGAAUCCUUAUACUGUGGAUGCUGCAAAGUAUGGCAAUGUUUCCCAUUUUAUCAAUCACUCGUGUGACCCUAACUUAGUGGUUUUCAAUGUAUGGGUGAACUGCUUGGAUCCAGAUCUGCCCAGACUGGCCUUAUUUGCCUGUAGAGAUAUUAAGAAAGGGGAAGAGCUUACUUUUGAUUAUAAUUCUGGAAUUGGAUCUGAACAAAUGACUGCUGAAUCAUCUAGUGGAAGCACAGAAGAACUCAGUGAUGAUGAAGAGUCUACUACACCAGAGAAAAAAGGAUUUACAAUGGGAGGUACUCCUAAUGUUGUUUUGAAAACACCAAAGGGAAAUCGUGGUUUAAAAUAUGGUAAAACAGAGUGCCGAUGUGGUGCUGCAAACUGUAGAAAAUAUUUCUUUUGAUUUGUGUAAUUGUAGAAAAAUUUUCCUUUUUUUUUUUUGUACAAAUUUUUUGUGUAUACCGGUAUUAUAUAGAAAAUAAGAUUGCUGAGGGUUGGUUUAUAAAACCCAUUUAAAUUUGGUAGUGCUUAGUCAUGCAUAGAUUAUGGAUAAAGAAACCACUGGCAUUUUAGUGAACUCUGAAUUUCUUCACUCAGGAGGUUUCAAUAUUAUAAUGGUAGAGAUGCUACAGAAUGAAAUUUUAAUGAUUCUUUAGAAUAAUACUUGUAAGUAUUAGUCUUGAAAAUGUAACUACGAAGUGAAAAGAUUUGUUUCAAGAAGAGGCACUAGCAAUAAAUUGUACGUAUUUGUGUGUGUGUAUGU